AUGGCCACCAGACAUCAUUUUAGUGGCAAUAUUGGUAAACCUUUAUUACUACAUAUUAUUCCAUUUUAUAUUGAUUUAAUUAUAUCAGCUCAAGCCGGUGCACAGCAAGGUGAACAAGAAUUGGCAACAAAAAUGCUACAAAUACAAUCGAAACGAUUUUAUUUGGAUGUGAAACAAAAUCGACGUGGGCGAUUCAUCAAAGUCGCAGAGAUUGGUGCAGAUGGCAGACGUAGUCAAGUGUAUUUGGCUUUAUCGACAGCCGCUGAAUUCCGUGAUCAUCUUUCAACAUUUAGCGAUUAUUAUGCUUCUUUGGGGCCACCAAAUCCAGAUAACCUCCCUGAGGAUGGAAAAUUGAAAUCGGAGAUGAUGAUCAAAGAUAAUAGACGAUAUUAUUUAGAUUUAAAAGAAAAUGCGCGUGGUCGAUUUUUACGAGUAUCGCAGACUAUAACAAGAGGUGGUCCAAGGUCACAAAUAGCUAUACCAGCUCAAGGAAUGAUCGAAUUUCGCGAUGCGCUCACAGAUUUACUUGAAGAGUUUGGUACCAAUGACGGCGGGUAUGUAAUUCCUUUAGUGAUGUUGUUUACUAUUUGUUUUAGUUUGUGGUGGAAAUGAAACAUAUAUAAAUCAUCGUAUGUUUUGCUUUUUAUUUUAUUUGUAGUUAUUGUAAUGGUAUCCGGUACCGCUUCGGGUUGGUUGUCAUCUACCGGUUGGCUGUUUCGACGGGGUCGCACUGUAGGGAAAGGGAUGUUAGAUGAUUAGAGUCCUACGGGAACUCAUUGCACGCAAGACAUACAUAUAUUUAGUAUGUCGGCGUCGUUUAAGCGACGUUGGUUGUUGUAGCUUGGGUGGUUUAGAAGCUAUGUAUUUUCAACCUUUUAUAGGGUGGGACCACGCCCAGUAUCUCAAAAUAUUUAUAUAUUUUAGUUAUGGCACUUUAUAGGUUUUCGCUUAAUGGCUUUUCGUCGGCGUGACAGUUGCCCGAUAACUCCUAUCUAGAAACUCGUCCUCCGCUUUUUACCAAGGAGCACGUUUACCAAGUUUUAUUGCCUUAUCUCAAUU